UGUCCUCGCCAGGCUCCCACAUCUCCCGCCGCCCAAUCUGAACUGAACACUUCGGCACUGCCAAUAGUUCCACUGCCACUCCGUGUCUGCUUCCUUCAGUCGAUUCUCUCUCUCUUUUUCUUCUUCUUCUCAGAGUUUGAAUCCAAUCCUGCUUCAAUGGCUAAUUCUGUAGUGGUGUCGUAUGGUGUCAAGGCGCCAGCUGGUCUUCAACGCCACCCAAACUACUGCCACUCUCUCCCGCCUCUAAAUCUAAAGCCCUUCUCUUUGACCCUCCAAAACCCUGUGUCUUUGAAAUACAACUCUCUCACUACUUUGCUUCACCGCCGGCUCAGUUCUCAGACUCAGGCCGCUCUUGAAUCCGACGUCCCGCAUCCCCUUCACGAGGGAUCAGUGAAAUUUAGGAGCAGUAAGAGCUUUGAGCAAUGGGAUUCACUGACAGCAAAGUUCUCUGGAGCAUCGAAUAUCCCAUUUCUGUUACUGCAAUUGCCUCAGAUCACCCUCAAUGCUCGCAAUCUUUUGGCAGGGAACAAAACUGCCCUUUUGGCCGUCCCGUGGCUGGGGAUGUUUACUGGUUUGCUUGGGAACCUUUCACUGCUCUCAUACUUUACAAAGAAGAGGGAGAAGGAGGUGAUUGUUGUGCAAACAUUGGGUGUAGUGUCAUUAUAUACUGUAUUUGCGCAGCUUGCACUGGCAGAAGCCAUGCCUCUGCCUUAUUUUGUGACCACUUCAGUUGUCGUCGGAGCUGGGCUUGUAUUGAAUUUCAUGAAUUAUUUUGGUUGGCUAAAUGCUGGAAUCUGGCACUUUUGGGAAGAUUUUAUUACUGUUGGCGGGUUAUCUGUCCUUCCGCAAAUUAUGUGGUCUACUUUUGUCCCGUAUAUACCAAACAGCAUCUUGCCAGGGGCAAUAGCUUUUGUUAUAGCUAUGGUGGCUGUUAUUAUGGCACGUACUGGAAAACUUUCUGAGAAAGGUGUAAAAUUUGUUGGAUCAAUAUCUGGAUGGACAGCUACGCUUCUCUUCAUGUGGAUGCCAGUUUCACAAAUGUGGACAAAUUUCCUGAAUCCUGAUAACAUCAAAGGCUUAUCGUCUUUCUCAAUGUUGCUUGCUAUGAUGGGAAAUGGACUUAUGGUCCCACGUGCUCUCUUUAUUCGUGAUUUUAUGUGGUUCCUUGGCUCAAGUUGGGCAUCUUUGUUUUAUGGAUAUGGGAAUAUUCUAUGCCUGUACUGUUUCAACGCUAUUAGUAGAGAAUUCUUCUUGGCAGCGACGGCUGGUUUGUUUUUGUGGAUGGGAAUGGCUUUGUGGAGAGACACAGUAGUACAUGGUUACAGCUCUCCUUUGACAUCUUUGAAAGAGUUGGUUUUUGGUUCUUAACCGAAGGUGAUACUGCAAAUGGAGCUCAACUGAUGAAGAGUGAGUGACCUGCUCUCAAGAUCCUACGCCUGAAAUGCAGCAAAACUUCUCUGCUGUGAUGCAGGCACUUGAUUGACAUUCACGACAACAGUAUGCCAAGAGUUCAAUAAUAUAGCAUAUAUUGCACCAUAAUUACUAUUGCGAUUUAGCUACAGAUACUAGAAUCAGUGUUGUUUUACUUUUGAAGACACAUUUAUUGAUUAUUAAUCAGUUUCUAUGUUUGGAAACAGUGAAACAGUGCUGAACUUGUGAGGACGUGCUUUUGCAGUCACAUUUAAUGAAAUAAAAUCUCUAAUAAGGUGCUAACAA